AUGCAGAGGCUGUACUCGAAAAACCUGACGGAAGAGAACAUCGACGAGUUUAUCGAAUCGGAGAAAGCGAUAAACAUAAAACUGACUAGGGAAAAUGAGGAGAUAAAAGAAAAGAAUGGACAGAUACAAAAGCGAUUGUUAGCUUUUAUCCAGGACAAUUUUAUUUUUGAAAGUGACUCAACGGAUGAUGUGCACAAAUACAACAGUGUCUUGCUCUCCCUUAUUGACUAUAUGGAUCGUCUAAAAAUGGUGGAGUCCUACAUGCGCAAGGAGACGGAUGAACUCCUGGGGGAGUUUUUCCGUUGCAUUAAGGAGGCCAUCGUAAAGCAAAGUAACUUGUGUUAUCUAAUUAGGGAAGACAUGAACCAACUGAAAAUCAACGGAAAGGAGGAGGCAUUCCGGAAGUAUGUGCUAGCGCUGAGGAUGUUAUACGAGCAUAACAGUGUGCUCCGGGCACAGGUUUCACUUUUCAACACAUUUAAAUUGAAGGACGAAAAUUUAAUUCAUGUGGAUUUCGAGCAGUUACAGUUAAGGUACAAACAUUUGAAAAGUAAGGGGGAUUGUUUGGAGAAAAAAAUAGAAAAUCUGAAUAAGAAAAUAAAACGGUCGACGGAGAAAAAGCUGCACUACGAUGAAAAGAAUUUGUACCUGGAAAAAAUACUGGAAGAUAAACAGGUGGUGUUGGAUGAAUCACAAAGUUCCAUAUGUAACAAAAAGAAGCUGGUGAAUGAACUGAAAAGGAAAAAGGAUGAAUCCAUUAAAAAGUACAGCGAAGUGGAAACGAGUGUCAUUACCAAAAACGUAUUCGAGGAGUUUCAAGAGAAGAAAAUACAUUUGGACAGAUUAAAGGAGAAGCUUGAAGAGGUGAAGGAAAAGUAUGAGCGUUUGCAGAAGGGUGACGAGGCGCAGUAA